GAAUACGUUGAAGGAGACAAGACAAAAAGGCAAUAUUUCAAGCGGUACUCUUAUUUUCGCCUUGCAUAUCUACCUCCCAUUCGAAGAAUUUUUUUGGUUCCCCACUUCAGGUGGUAAUUAACAAGAUGAAGAUCGAAGUAAAGGAGUCCACCAUGAUACGGCCAGCCCAAGAUUUGUCCACCCGUUGUUUAUGGCUAUCUAAUUUAGACAUAUUGCAUGAAAUAAAUCUCACCCCUACAGUGUACCUCUACAAGCCAGCUAAUCAUCCCCACUCCUGUGACGCUAAAGUGCUCAGGGAUGCUUUGAGCAAAGUUCUUGUGCCAUUUUACCCUGUGGCCGGGAGGUUAAGAAGAGAUGAUAAUGGUAGGCUUGAAAUAAAUUGUAAUAAUGAGGGUGUGUUGUUCAUAGAGGCGGAAACAGACUCUGAAAUAGAUGAUCUUGGUGACUUGAUGCUCAAUCAGGAAAAUUCUCAGCUCAUUCCUUCAGUUGACUAUUCACAAGGCAUUUCUUCUAACCCACUGUUUGGUGCACAGGUAACUGCGUUUAAAUGUGGUGGACUCUCUGUCGGACUUCAAUUUCAUCAUGCAUUGGCAGAUGGUUUUGGGGCCCUCCAUUUCAUCAACACAUGGUGUGAUGUUGCACGAGGACUCUCAAAUACCUUACCACCAUUCGUCGAUCGGACCAUUCUCCGUUGCCGAGUCCCACCAACCCCGAAAUUUGAACACAUCGAGUAUGAUAAGCCACUUUCCAUGGACUCUCCCACCCAAAUCAACACAUUACAACAAAAUUGUAUUGAAAUCUUUAAGAUCACACCUCAACAACUUGAAACCUUGAAAACCAAGGUAAAGAACAACAAUGGCAAAACAAAAUCCACUAGUUAUGAGAUCCUAACUGCACAUAUAUGGCGUUGCACAUGCAAAGCACGUGGCUUAUCCGAUCAUCAACCAACCAAGUUACGCAUAGCCGUUGAUGGUAGGUCUAGAUUGGAUUCACCACUUCCACCUGGUUUCUUUGGUAAUGUAAUAUUUUCUGCUACACCAAUUGCCUUAUCUGGUGAGAUUCUAUCAGAGCCCAUAGGGGACACUGUGGAAAGAAUUGAUAAGGAAAUAAAGAGGAUGGAUGAUGAGUACUUGAGAUCGGCUAUCGAUCGCUUAGAAGUGUUGGAUGACCUAAAGCCUAUCCUAAUAGGGGCCAAUUCUUGUCGAUGCCCAAACCUCAUCGUUGUUAGUUGGGUGCGGCUACCUUUCUAUGAUGCUGAUUUUGGAAUGGGAAAGCCCGCAUGUGUGAGGCCUGCAAAUCCACCUGAAGGCAAGGGAUGCAUACUUCAAGCUCCAAGCGAUGAUGGGAGUUGGGCAUUGGAGAUAUGCCUCCAGGAAUAUCACAUGCAAUCAUUCCAGAGGUGAGUUUGAAAUCCUCAAAGCUUGAAAACAAGUGGUACUUGGAUAGUGGAUGUUCACAACACAUAACCAGAAAUGCCAACCUCCUCUCACUUAAAAAGAAGGAUGGAAGUGGGCAAGUGACUUUUAGUGACAAUGGUAUAGGUAAAAUUGUGGGGAUAGGUAAGAUUGAUAAGAAAAACUCUCCUAUCUUGACAAAGUUUUUUUAGUUGAUGGUUUGAAGCAUAACUUACUAAGUGUUAGUCAAUUAUGUAAUGAGGGUUGUAGAGUUAUAUUUGAGUCAAAAUCUCACUUUGUGUCUAGGAUGUGUGAUAAUAAAAUGUUUUUUGUUAGUGAAAGGGUUGAAAACAUUUAUGUUAUUGAUUUGCAUGCCUUUGGCUAAUAAAGAUGUCAAGUGUUUUUUUUUCUAUUAGUGAUGACUCUUGAACUUGGCAUAGAAGGCUUACACAUGUUAGCAUGGAUCUUCUUGCAAACUUGAACAAAGAUGAGCUAGUUGAUGGACUUCCAAAUAUCAAGUUUCAAAAGAAUAAGGUGUGUGAUGCAUGCCAAAUGAGUAAGCAAGUCAAGAGUUCUUUUAAAUCUAUUCAUAAGGUAUCUACUUCUAGACCCCUUCAAUUGUUGCACAUGGACUUGUUUGGUCCUACUAGAGUAGCUAGCUUAGGUGGUGCAUAUUAUACCUUUGUGAUUGUUGAUGACUACUAUAGGUAUACUUGGAUUGCAUUCCUUGCUUAUAAGGAUGAAUUUUUGAUUUUUUUGAAAGAUUUUUAACAAUGGUUCAAAAUGAAAAAGGUUUUCAGAUUUCUUUUAUUAGGAGUGAUUAUGGUAGAAAAUUUAAAAAUGAGAUAUUUGAAAAAUUUUAUAACUCACUAGGGAUCACUCAUAAUUUUUCUUUUCAUAUGACUCCCCAAACAAAUGGUGUUCUUGAAAAAAAAAAUAAAACUCUUUUGGACAUGGGGAAUGAAUUUAAUUUGCCUACUUAUUUUUAGGAAGAAGCCAUUAAUACGACUUGUUAUGUUUCAAAUAGAGUUUUGAUUAGACCUAUUUCGAAGAAAACUCCUUAUAAGCUAUGGAAUGCAAGAAACCUAAAGUAGGUUAUUUUAGAAUUUUUGGUUGUAAGUGCUUCAUUUAAAUACAAAGGAUAAUUUAGAUAAAUUUAGCUCCAAAACUGAUGAAGGCAUCUUCUUGGGGUACUUUACAUCUAGUAAAGCAUAUAGAGUCUUCAAUAAGAAAACCUUAGUUAUUGAGGAGUCAAUGCAUGUUGUAUUUGAUGAAGUUAACCCCUUUAGUCCUAUAAAUGAUGUUUCUUAUGAUGAUGAUAUUGUAGGUAACCUUGAUGAGUUAAUCCUUGAAGAUCCUCAACUUAGUGAAGAUCAAGCUCAACUUAAGGAAGAUCCUUUGAAGACAGUAGAGGAUGAAGUUGAACUCCAAGAGAAACAAGUGUAACAAGUUCUAAGUUAAGGAAUUCAACAAGAUUUACCUAAGGAUUGGACCUACAAAAAGGAUCAUCCUACGGACCUAAUCAUUGGUGAUAUGUCACACCCUAUCCCUCCGUAUGAUGUAUAAUGAUCCCGUAGUAUACCUAAUAAAUUACUGUACUUUGCUUACCGAUA